CGGCGGUUUGGAGGGGGCGUAAAUAGCCCAAUUACAAUCGGAAUGCCAAUGGCCUGCGUUUUUUCUCUACACUCUAUAGAAUUUGGCUCAAACGAAUUGUGGCCACCGGAAAUGUGUUUUUUUUUUUUAGCAUUGACUUUGGCGCGCGUCGCACACCUCAAAUUUAAUUUUGUCCCCUUCAGUUCUUCAUUGUUUGUGUGCGUUCUAAUAUUAUUAUAGUUUUUCGAUUCACUUUCGGAGAUUUCCAGUCGAGCCGAGUUUACCAACUUUAAGUGUAAGUCUGUGGAUAAGGACUUUGCCGAUUUUGAGUAUUGCACUCUGAAGGCGAUAAAUCGGACCUAUAAGUACGUCUCCACUAAGGUCAAACUCUUUAAAGUUCCAGUUACCAAAGUGAAGGUUAACUUUGGACUUUACAAGCGGUUCAAUGGUUAUAGGCCCUUCCUGUAUAAUAUAACCGUGGAUGCCUGUAAUUUUUUGAGGAACCAGAAGGGAAAUCCAAUCACAAGCUACUUCUACGACUUUUUCAAGGACAUCUCCAAUAUGAAUCAUACCUGUCCCUUUACGCACGAUCUUGUUAUGGAAAAACUUUCCACGGAGAUUGUCAACCACCGUCUUACGAAUAUUCUAUCCUUUCCGGAAGGGGAUUACAUGAUGGAGAUGCAUUGGAUUGCAUAUGAUAUAACCCGCGCUGUGGUAAAGUUAUAUGUCAGUCUUACAUAA